CUACAGUUUACUUUCUUGUAAUUUAUUUCUUGACUUUCUUGUAACAAUACAAAAUGCUUGAUGAAGUCAAACGGAUAAUCUUAGUGCUUUCAGGAAAAGGUGGAGUAGGUAAAUCUACAGUAAGCACUCAGUUGGCAUUGACUCUAAAAGAAAGUGGUUUUAAGGUUGGUCUACUAGACAUAGACUUGUGUGGACCAAGUGUCCCUCACAUCUUGAACCUAGAGGACCAGAACGUGCACCAAGGCCCUGAUGGCUGGGUGCCCGUCUACAUGGACAGUGAGCAGAGACUGGGAGUCAUGUCCAUAGGAUUCCUGCUCAAGUCCCGGAAUGAUGCUGUGGUGUGGAGAGGGCCUAAGAAGACAUCCAUGAUCAAGCAGUUCCUGGAAGAUGUAAGCUGGCAAGAGCUGGACUACCUCAUUAUUGAUACUCCACCUGGCACAUCAGAUGAACACAUAACAGUGAUGGAGAACUUGCGGAAUGUGCCUCAAUGUUCGGCAAUAAUAGUGACUACCCCCCAGCAAGUGGCCAUUGAAGAUGUCCGCAAAGAGAUCACAUUCUGUCGCAAAACUGGCAUCCCUAUAUUUGGGAUUAUUGAGAACAUGAGCGGAUAUGAAUGCCCCAACUGCAGUGAAUGCACCAACAUAUUCUCCAGUGGGGGCGGCGAGUCAUUGGCUGAAAUAUCAAAGAUCACCUUCUUGGGUAAGGUGCCCAUAGACCCGAGAGUGGGCAUGCUGGCCGGCAAGGGCCAGGCUGCUGUCACGGAGCUCCCAGAUUCAACUACUAGCAAGGUGUUCAUAGAACUCGUGAAAAUGCUCUCAGACAGCGCAGUUUCAAGCUCAUAGUAUAAUAUUGAUUCAGUUAUACAAUCAUGUUACAUAGAGUUAAGUGAAAAUUGUAUAUUUUGUAUAUAAAAUAAAUUUGUUAUCAUUCCAAAAUGGUCAUUGUGUAGGUUUUGAUAAAUAAAACUCAAUGUUGUUUCACAUGAA